AUGCCGCCCAGCGCCAUGCGUCUGCAGCCACAAAACGCGUCGCUGUCGUCCACCGUCAAGACGCCGCCCAAGUCGUCGCUCGGUCUGCCGCCUCGGCCAAUCGCCGCCAGCGGCCACGCGCCAAGUGCCACGCGCUCUCGCACGCAGAGUCUCCCCAGUAUACACAAGCAGCAGCCACUACAGCAGCAGCAGCAGCAGUUGGUGCUGGACCGCCGUCUCUUUUCCCGCUUGGAGCAAGUGACGAGUGAAGUGGCGCAGCUGGAGCGUCUCGAGCGCUUGAACGUGGCCGAGGAGUCGCGGACGACGACGACAGACGGGGAUGACGCGAUGGACAGUUGUCUCGAGCCGUAUCCGGAGCUGGUGGUCGUGCAGACGGAGCUGCAGCAGGCGCGACGGCGGUCGCUGCGUCUCCGCGAGGACCAGAAGCUCAUGACGCAGACGCUCGAGGCGCGGCAGGAGCGCACGGGGCUGAAAAAGUACGUGGCGCUGGCCACGGGGUCGUUUAAGCAGCACAAGAGGAAGACGGAGGCACUCAAGAAGACGCUGGGACAGCACAUGGCUGACGCGGUGCGCGCGGACGCUGAGCUGGAGCUGCUGGAGAGACGGUCGAGUACGCUCGUGGGCGAGUGGAAACGCCGCUCGUCAUUUUCCAUGACCUCGAGACGGAGCGCGCGACGGAGUAGCAGCAGCAGCAGUAGUACUGGCUACUGUGGGGUUCUUGUCGGUCAGCCGGAAGGCGAGGACGACGUGGAGCAGAGGGCGAGCUGGACCACUGGAGACGGUGACGUUGAUGGUGGCUACUUUAACGAGGAAGACGAAGAAGAAGAAGAAGGGGAGGACAUGGAAGUUGCUGAACGACUGGAGAAAUUGGAGAGGGAGAAACAGAGGUUGCUGAGUCAUUUGCUGCGGACACUGCGACUUCCAGAUGCCAUUCGGAUGCAUACGAAUGUAGCCAUGUACGUCUCGGAAGUGCAGGCGUGCGAGUCGAUCAAGAAACAGAUCGACCGUGCAGUUGGACUGUAUCAACAGGCACUGCAGUUGCUGCGGAUGGCGAUGGCGACGGUCGUGUCGUCACAGUACUCGGGCUCGGCGAGGGAGUUUGCCACGGGUCCGUUCGCUCUCACAGUGGAAGCUGGUCAGCUCAUGAAAGCAGCGGCGAUUGGGCUUCAGCCUGAAGCUCGUCGCAGGUACCGGCAGUUCACGCCCGAGCUACAGACGCUGCGUCUGCCCAAGUUCCCUCAAGUCGUGAGCGACUUUGUGCGACGGGCACGAACGACUUUUGAUCCACGCAGUGCAUUGGCACAGGAGACGGUGAGGCGCCUUCCGGCCUGCGAGACUACCAUGGUGAUGACACACAAGCUCGUGAUUGAGAAACUUGAGCUGCUCGACCGAUGGAAACAGACGGUUGAAGCGGACCAGGCCCAUGCACUCGAUGCGCAGCGUCGUCUCGAGACGCAUUUGCAGCAGCGUCUCACCGUCCUGGCUCGAUCUAUGUCAGUCUGA